UUAAAUUACGACAACUGAUACACUGACAGUAUAUAUCAAUUUGCGAUAUACUUCGUAAGUUCGUAGUAUAUUGAUUAUCAACGCAAUAUGGGUGUAAAAGUGAAGACAAUUUUGAAAUUUUUACGACUAAUAUAUCCCGAAAGGAAAUCGAGCAAUAAAUUAUGUUUCCCUUCUUGGCUACUCUACUCCAACUUAUCAAAAUAUUGCCCCCCUUAAUCAAUUUUAUUUUUUGAGACGGAUUAGUGUAUGAUCUUGGAUCUUGUGAGAAAACAUUCAUAACAUUAGAAAUGUAUUUUACCUUUUCAAAAAAAAAAAAAAAAAAAAAAAAAAAGUGUACUAGAGUGAGUGAGUGACCUAACUAAUCUCGGGGUGUGUUUCAUCCAAAAAAAUCACAGCCCCCAAACCUUAAAACUCCUCAAUCCUCAAUUCCAAACAACCAAGCAGCCAAACUGGCAAAACCCUCCUUAAACCCCAAACUACCAUUUCCUAUUCUUCACUUCCCCCAAACCCAGAAAACUCUGCAAAUUUAACCACAAAAAUGCUAAUAAAAUCCAAAGUUCAACGCUUUAUAUUUGUACCUCACCACCCAAAUCCCUCCAAUUUUCAAUGUAUAAGAACUUUUCUUGAUAACAUUGAGAUAAAUUUUGUUCCAGAUCGUGGGUUAGACCAUGCUGUUGAGAAAGAAAAAGACCUAAAAUAUGUGGUUAAUCUCAAGAACUUGCUUAAAUCAGAGCCUUCAAAGUCUCUUUCUCUGUCCUCCAUUGUUGACCAUACAGAGAAGCUCAGUAUCCCAUGUCGAACAAUUGAUUUUAUUCGUAAGUACCCUAAUUUUUUUGAAGAAUAUUUUCCUGCUAAUAUUGGGGUCCACCCACAUGUUAGAUUAACCCCAGAAAGUUUGAAUCUUGAUGCUGAAGAACAGUUGAUGUAUGAUAGUGAUACAUUUAGGAAAGAUGCUGCUGAUAGGUUGUUGAAACUCUUGAUGUUGUGUAGAAUUAAUGAAUUUCCUUUGAAAUUGAUUGAUAGGUUUAAAUGGGAUUUAGGUCUUCCUGAUAAUUAUGUUGAUACAUUAGUUCCUGAGUUCCCUGAUUAUUUUAAAGUGAAAAGGAUUAAUCAGACCCGGCCUAAUAGGGUUGAGGGUUUGCUGGAAUUGGUGUGUUGGAGUGAUGAAUUGGCAGUUUCGGCUAUUGAAAAGAUGGCUAAGAAGGGGGAUCCCAAAUAUGAAAAUGGGAUGCCAAUUGCUUUUCCUUUGCAGUUUUCUAAUGGGUUUGAGAUGGAUAAGAGUCUGAAGAGGUGGUUGGAUGACUGGCAAAAGUUGCCUUAUGUAUCACCUUAUGAGAAUGCAACUCAUCUUCAGCCUAAUACUGAUAUGUCUGAUAAGUGGGUGGUUGCGGUUUUGCACGAAUUGCUCCAUAUUCUAGUUUCCAAGAAGACAGAGAGAGAUAACCUGCUUUGUCUGGGAGAGUUUUUAGGUAUAAAGCCAAGGCUUAAGCGUGCAUUGGCUCAUCAUCCAGGCAUAUUUUACCGUUCAAGUAAAAUUGGGACUCAUACUGUGGUUUUAAGGGACGGGUUUAAGAGAGGUUUGUUGAUUGACAAGCAUCCAUUGAUAGAUAUGAGAAAUAAAUAUAUACAUCUGAUGCACAAGGUGAAGGAAGGGAAGAAGUCAAAAAGUGUGGCUUGUCCUAAUGCUGGUAAGCAACAAGCAGUGAAGGAAGGGGAAGUGGAAAAUGAGGAAGAGACUGAAGAGGAUAUGCAAUUAUCUGUUUCUGAUGUGGAUGAAAGCAGUGAUGAUGAGGAGGACAAAGAGAGAGAAGUGGAGGAGCAAGCUGAAAGCUCAAGAGAUAAGGUUAAUAAGGGAAGAAGAAAACCUGGAGAGGGUAGGGGGAAGCCUGGGAGAAAUGCUUUGGAGGAGGAAAGUGAUAGUGAUGAUGAUGAGAAGCAAGUUGAGAUCGCAGAGGAUGGGCGCAAUAAUGGAAGAAGCGGAUCUGGUAGGGUAAAUGAAGGCAAGGGAAAACCUGGAGAGGGUAGGGGGAAGCGUUGGAGAAAUGUUUCGUGGGAUGAAAGUGGUGAGGCUAGAGAGGAAAAUCAAGUUAGGAGCUCAAGAGGUGGGCGCAGUAAUGGAAGAAGAGGAUCUGGUAGGGCAAAUGAGGGCAGGAGAGAUUCUGAUGAAGGUAGGGGGAAGCCUUGGAAAAAAGCUUCCCGCAAUGAAAGUGGUGGCGAUGAUGAGGAGGAGCUAGUUGAGAGCUCAAGAGGUGAGCUCAAUAAUGGUAGAAGAGGAUCUGGCGUGGUAAAUGAGGGCAGGAGAAAACCUGGAGAGGGUGGGAAGAGGCCAUGGAGUAAUGCUUCACGGAAUGAAAGUGGUGGUGGUGGUGGUGGUUAUGAGAAGCGAGCUGAGAGCUCAAGGGGUGGGCGCAGUAAUGGAAAAAGAGGAUUUGGUGAGGGGAGGCCAUGGAGUAAAGCUUCACGGGGUGAAAGUGGUAAUGGUGGUGGAUAUAAUGAGGAGCGAGUUGACAGCUCAAGGGGUGGGCGCAGUAAUGUUAGAAGAGGUUCUGGUGGGGGGAGGCCAUGGAGUAAUGCCUCAAGGGGUGAAAGUGGUAGUGGUGGCAGCUAUAAUAAGGAGCGAGGUGAGAGCUCAAGGGGUGGCCGCGGGAAUGGAAGAAGAGGAUCUGGUGGGGGGAGGCCUGGGAGAAACUCUUCUCGUGAAAGGUUGGCCUAAAAUAACCCACCAGAACUUGCAAAAUAGGUCAUACUCAUUAGUCAUUGCAGAAGAAUGCGUUAAGCUAAUAGCAAGUCCAAUAUCAAGAUAAUUGAGAAAGCACUCUUUCUGUCACUGUAUCACACAUAGCUUUGUAAAUGAUUCAGUGUCUAAUGUGAAAGUCUUGAAUAACGGUAUUUUAUUUCUUUUUUGGUUAUAAACCAGCCAGUUUUGUGACUUGGUUGUUCCAUAUCAUUCCACCUUCAAAAUUUAUAUCCUUGAGAUGUUUAUUAUUGUUUACA